AUGGGUGUGCAAAAGAAGACUCGCAAGUUUGCGCAGAUGAAGCGCACCAUCAAAGCCCACGAUGAGCGGCUGAAGAAGGCGGCCACCAAGAAAGAGACACCCAAGGAGGACCAACUGACUCGCCAAAUUACCCAAGCCCCCUCGAACAUGUUCUUCGCCGCAAACACUGCCCUCGGCCCUCCCUACCACGUGCUGGUCGAUACCAACUUUGUUUCCCACGCCAUCCGAGCCAAGCAGGACCUACUGACGUCGAUGAUGGAUCUGCUUUAUGCGAAAUGUAUCCCGACUUUCUCGGACUGCACCAUUGCGGAAUUGGAAAAGCUGGGCGACAAGUACCGCCUGGCACUUCGCGUCGCCAAGGAUCCUCGCUGGGCUCGGCUCAAGUGCUCUCACAAGGGUACAUAUGCAGAUGACUGUAUCGUGGAUCGGGUGACGAAGCAUAGAAUUUACAUUGUGGCGACCAACGAUCAGGAUCUGUGUCGUCGCCUGCGCAAGAUCCCUGCCGGCGUCCUCGGCCUCACCACAGCCCUCUACCUCCAAGACCACCUCCCCCCCAACCAAACCAUCCUCCUCGCAGCCCGAGACCUCCCCCACAGCACAUCCCUCAACUACGCCUCCCCCUGGGCCGGCGCGCACUACCGACCCGUCCCCGGCUCUACCCCCCAACUGACGCGCGAAGAAACCCAAGCGAAACGAACCUACGCGCACUUCACGCACCUCGCGGCCCAGGAACCCGGUUCCGGGGUUCAAUCCCUCCCAGGGAUCGAAUACCUCGAGGCUCCACCGGCGGAGUAUCUCGAUGCGGGGAAUAUACAUAAUGCGUAUGCGCAUUUGGAUGGGUUUAGGCAGUUACAAGGGGGGGAGGGGGAGUUGCCGGAGGGUGUGAAGUGGGGAGUGAAGUAUCAGACGUUUGUGGUGAAUUCGCCGGUGUAUUGUGCGUGGUUGUUGAGGGAGUUUGUGUUGAGGGGCGGGGAGGUGAGGGAGUAUACGUUUGUGGAUUUGAGGGAGGGGUUUUAUCUGGCGGGGAACGUGAGGACUGUGGUUAAUUGUUCGGGGUUGGGGAUGGGGGAUGAGAAGGCGUUUGUUAUUAAGGGACAAACAUGUCUCGUCAGGAAUCCGUGCUCGGUGACAAUUACCCGACAAAAUAGUGAUCGGUCAUGGUCGUUUUGCAUUCCUCGGCCGCUGGGUGGUGGUACGAUUAUCGGGGGCACGAAGCAACCGCAUAAUUGGGAUCCGAACCCGUCGUUGGAGACACGGGCUCAAUUGCUGGCGAAUGCUGCGAAGUGGUUCCCCUUUGCUGAGGGUAGUGAAGGGAAGUUUGAUGUCAUUCGGGAUAUUGUUGGUCGUCGACCUGCAAGAGAGGGUGGCAUGAGGAUCGAAGCAGAGAAAAUGGGCGAUGGCCGGGGAGUUAUCGUCCAUGCGUAUGGAGCUGGAGGGCGUGGGUUUGAGUUGUCCUGGGGGGUAGCAGAGGAUGUGUUCAACCUGAUGAAAGACAACGGAUUGGUGAGGGCAAAGGCCUCGCUGUAG